AUGCCUUAUAGCGAUUUGCUAAUCGCAUCCGUCGCAAUUGCAAUCCUCUACGUCGCAUACAGAACGGUGCACGCCAUCUAUCACCUUUAUUUUCACCCUCUCGCGAAAUUCCCAGGACCUCGAGCCGCGGUGCUCUCGGGAGAUUGGUUGUAUCGUGUCUCGCAGGAAGGGAACCCGGAGGGUACUUUCGCAGAGCUCCACCGAGCUUAUGGUGACCAGGCUAUCCGGAUCGGGCCGAAUGAACUUCACCUGACUGAUACAAGCCUCUAUAAAACAAUCUACAGCCAGGACGGACGAUACGCCAAGGAUGAAGUCUUCUACAAGGCGUUCGCAAAUGAAGAAGGGAGUUUUGAGACACGCCACAUGGGCCUGCACAAGGUGCUCCGCCAGAAACUCGCGCCCAACUUCUCACCCGCGAAUGUUCUAAAGUCGCAGAACUUGAUAGCGACCUCUCUCAUCGACCUUGCUGCGAAGAUCAAAGAGAGGAGCAAGGGGCAGCCCGUAGACAUGGUCAAAGUAUGUCGUUUGUUCCCGCCCGAUGUCAUUAUCAAAGUCGUCUUCGGCGAGAGCGAUGUGAUUGCCGUCUCGGAUGACGACUGGGACACCCCUGUCUGGCGCACUUUCGAAGUCGUCGCCAGCAGCCGAUGGCUACGCGUCUGUUUCCCUUUCACGCGAUGGUUCCAAGACAUGCUGCCACUCGGCCUGAUCGCCCAUUUCGACGCCAACUUGCGGAGUGUGAAGGAAUUCCUCGAACUUUGCGUCACUCACGUGCAGAACUUCCGCUCGGGGGAAUCGGACAUUGGUCGGACACCAGUCCUCUCGAGCAUUGACGAUUUGCCGGACAGCAUUGUGAUCGCAAACGCAGGCGACCUCGUCGGCGGCGGAGCCGAAACGACGGGUUAUACAAUGGCCUUUGCAAGCUGGCACAUUCUCCGCGACACGGAAUUGGCGAAGAGGCUGGUGGCGGAGCUGGAUCCCAUAUUUGAUGCUGCCGCACCCGGCAUGCCCGGCCUAAAAGACCUCGAAGCCGCGCCUGUCCUGAGCGCCAUCAUCAGAGAGUCGCUUCGCAACGGGCCAGCGUGGCCUGGCCGGAUCCCGCGAGUAGUGCCAAAUCACGAGGACGGCAAAGCACCUCUGAUUGUUGACGGCCAGAUCGUUCCCCCAGGAACGACCGUGGGCAUAUCAUCGACGACCAUGCACAACGACCCGAAGCUCUGGGGAUCCAACCCAACCAGCUUCAACAUCGAUCGAUGGCUCGAGCCCGAUGCCGCCACCAAGGCCUCGUAUCUGGUCGGAUUCGGCAAGGGGCUGCGCAACUGCGUGGGUCAGAACCUCGCCAUGGCGGAACUGUACAUGGGACUGGCGUUUCUUUUCCGCACGUACAGCUAUGAGCUGCAGUUGCAGCCCGGACAGCAGGGGUGGACGUUUAUCGACCGCGUCGUUGCGCAGAGCACCACGCCUUUCAUGGUGAAGAUGACUCAAAGGAAGGCUGUGCCGACUGUAGCUCGAAUGUGA